UGACAUUUUUGUUCAUGAAGACUGAUUUAUGUACGUUUCAUUUAUAUAUUGAAUUUUGUUAAGAAGAAAUUGGAACAAAUCCACCAGUCUCUACAAAGAGAACAUCAAGAACCUGUGUAACAGUCUAAAAAAACUGAGCGAGUAUCAUAAUGAAGACCUGGAAAAAGACAAAACAUCACAAAACUGCCUAGGAAGAGGAAUGGAACGAGUAGCAAAGAAGUUAGGGGUGGCUCAUGAAGAGAUUCAAAGGCUCACUGAUGAACUACAAGUGAAGGAGAAAGAACAGUGUAAAUUAGAUUCUGCACUUAAGAAGGCUCAACUAGAAAUUGACAAAUUGAAGGAAAAUUUGGUAAAGCUGAAAGAAAAUGAUGCAGCUGACCUACAGAAAGCGAAGGAACAUAAUCAGAGAUUGGAUGAGGAAAUUCUGGCUUUAAGAAAUAGGGUUCGAUCCCUUGACUCAGAAAAAAAGGUGCUUGGUGAAAUGGUCGAAAGACUUAAAGGAGAGGUGUGUGAAUCUCAAGAGAAUAAGCAACUUGGAAACCACUCCCCUGGAAAAACUGUGGGUGGUGAACAGAGAGAACAGCAUCCAUCAUCUGGAGAAAAACUAAAAUACAACCAGCAAGGGGAAGUACAACAACUUCACCAGAAUUUGCACCGGCUCCAGAUUCUAUGCAACUCAGCUGAAAAUGAGCUUCGAUAUGAACGAGGGCAGAACUUGGACUUAAAGCAACAUAAUAGCUUACUUCAGGAAGAGAACAUUAAGAUAAAGAUUGAACUAAAGCAUGCCCAACAGAAGUUAUUAGACAGUACAAAGAUGUGCUCUUCACUCACGGCAGAGUGCAAGCACUGUCAGCAGAAAAUCAAGGAACUGGAGUUGGAAGUACUUAAACAGACUCAGAGCAUUAAAUCACAGAACAACCUACAGGAAAAGCUGGCUCAGGAGAAAUCUAAAUUUGCUGAUGCAGAGGAAAAGAUUUUGGACCUGCAGCGGAAAUUAGAACAUGCUCAUAAAGUCUGUCUCACAGACACUUGUAUUUCAGAGAAGCAGCAGCUAGAGGAAAAGAUAAAAGAAGCAACAGAAAAUGAAGCUAAAGUAAAGCAACAAUAUCAAGAAGAACAACAGAAGAGGAAACUUCUAUAUCAGAACAUAGAUGAGUUACACAGGCAAGUGAGAACCUUACAAGAUAAAGAAAAUCUACUGGAAAUGACCUGUUCUCAGCAACAAUCCAGAAUUCAGCAACAAGAGGCCCUACUUAAACAACUGGAAAAUGAAAAAAGAAAAUAUGAUGAGCAUGUCAAAAGCAACCAGGAAUUGUCAGAGAAGCUAUCUAAGCUACAGCAAGAGAAGGAAGCUCUACGUGAAGAAUAUUUGCGAUUAUUGAAGCUGCUUAAUGUCCAUGUGAGAAACUAUAAUGAGAAACAUCACCAACAAAAAAUCAAGCUUCAAAAAGUCAAGUAUCGUUUAACUAAUGAAGUAGAACUACGAGAUAAGAGAAUUAACCAAUUUGAAGAUGAAAUUGGAAUCUUGCAGCAUAAAGUAGAAAAGGAGAAGGCAAUACAGGACCAGAUCACUGCCCAAAAUGAUACCCUGCUUCUAGAAAAAAGGAAACUUCAGGAGCAAGUCAUAGAGCAAGAACAGUUGAUCCACAGCAACAAAUGGACGAUAUCUUCCAUCCAGAGCAGGGUACUUUACAUGGAUAAAGAAAAUAAGCAAUUACAGGAACAUAGUCUUCGUCUCACACAGCAGAUUGGCUUCUUAGAGCGAAUUAUAAGGAGCAUCCAUAUUCGCAGAGGAGAGAAUCUUAAGGAGUUUCCUGUUCCAAAAUGGUGGCAUAGAGGCAAGCUGACUUCUCUCCCUCCAACAAAGAAACAGAAAGAAAUAUACAGCACUGAGGUCUUCACCAGCAACAAUGCAGAACUCCAGCAUGAGGAUGAGUCAGUUCCUGAGGGCACAGAGAAGUGGAAACACUCUGAGCAGAUGGAAACAACAAUUAGUGACAUACUUGAAUCCGAAGUAGUGAAUGAAAUAUUGCCUUUAUCAAACUCCAGUUUUUCAGGAAAAGGUUUGGUAGAGUCAUUUGUAAGUCUUCAAGAGACUGAAGAGAUCAAGUCAAAAGAAGCAAUGGCAGGUUCAAAGUCCCCUGAAAAGUCCCCUGAGAAUCUUGUGUGUUCACAGAAUUCUGAGGCUGGAUACAUAAAUGUGGCUUCCCUGAAGGAGACACAUGGUAUACAAGAACAAGACCAAAAGUCAGAACUAUAAAAUCACUGGUGCCUAAAGCUAUACCGAACAAAACUGCUAACUUAAAGCCUGGACAAAAGGUGGACCAUGACACUGAGAAGAGUUACCACAGAUCCCAAAUGGAUAUCAGCCAAGAGUCUUCAAAAUUGCUGAUAAAUUCAUUAAAGCAGUUGUAAAAAUGGA